CCCCCCCCCCCCCCCCCCCCCCUGUUGCACCUUAAGUUGCCAUAUCGGGCAAGCGCCCUCCGCAACCCUGCAGAAGAAAGACUGUUUUACGGUGGGAGUCUGGCGCCGUCUUAGUCCGAGCCGCAUGCGCCGCCCUCGAGUCGCCUCACCUGCCCGCCCGGGCGCUCUCACGAUGGGGUCAGGUUGUCGCCAUGCCGGGGGAUACCAUGGUGUUACUGUACCCGGAGGGGGGCGGCAAUGCGGCGCUCCCUGUUGAUACGUCGUGGUUGGAGGACUGUUGGGUUGAAAAGCUACGAGGGAUGGGGGAGGAGGACCUGCGAGGCAAACCCGCCGUCCCCUCGAGUGAGAGGGCUUCCCAUGAUACAUACAUAACGCGGGCGUCGUCGUCUUUCUCUGUUCCGCUGGGGGAAGGUUUCUCUUGCGUGUUCAGCAAAGCCUGGUUUUCCAUUGUCGAUCAAACGUGACCUCGGCGGCUGCUUCGUCUACUAGUCAAAGCAACCACUCGCUCACGCCACGCCGUGAAGAUGAAGUUUACUACCCUUGUCACCGGCCUCCUGGCCGCCGUCACUCAAGUCCGUGCCGCGGCUGUCGUCGCUCACUUCAUGCUCAUCAACACCAAGAACUACACCAUGAGCGACUUUGAAGACGACUUCAAGCUCGCCAAGGACGCCCACAUCGACGCCUUCGCCCUCAACAUGGGCCUGACGGACCCCAACACCGCCGAGUCCCUCGAGGAUGCCUUCACCGCGGCCAAGACGGUCGGCUUCCAGCUCUUCUUCUCCUUCGACUACAACGGCGGCUACCUCGGCGGCAAGCCCUGGCCCAAGGAGACCAUCCUCGAGAUGGGCGACAAGUACUUCAAGCGCGACGAGUACUUCAAGUACGCCGACAAGCCCGUCGCCUCCACCUUUGAGGGCACCGAGAACGCCAAGGACUGGAUCGAGAUCAAGGAGAAGACGGGCGCCUUCUUCAUCCCGGACUGGUCUUCCAUCUCACCCGAAGCGGCGUUGGCCCUGGCCGACGGCGUGGCCGACGGCCUGUUCAGUUGGAACGCUUGGCCCAUCGGGGACCAGGACAUGACUUCCAAGGGCGACGCCGCCUACCAGUGGGCGUUGAAGGGGAAGCCCUACAUGAUGCCCGUCUCACCAUGGUUCUACACCAACCUGCCCGGGUACAACAAGAACUGGGUCUGGCGCGGUGAUGAUCUCUGGUAUGACCGUUGGGUCCAGGUCAUGGAGAUCAUGCCCACCUUCGUCCAAAUCAUCUCCUGGAACGACUACGGCGAGUCCCAUCACAUCGGUCCCGUCCGCUCCAACGCGCUUGAGGCCUUCGAGGUCGGCAAAGCCCCCUUCAACUACGCCCUCGACCACCCCCACGACGGCUGGCGCCACACCCUACCCCACCUCAUUGAAAGCUACAAGAACGCCGUGCAGCCUGACAUCAAGACCGAGUCCCUUACGACCUGGUACCGCUCCUCGCCGGCCCUCGCUUGCAAGGACGGCGGCACAACCGCCAACACCGAGGCCCACGCCCAAAAGGUACUCGCGCCGGCCGAGGUCGUCCGCGACAAGAUCUUCUACUCGGCGCUUCUCACCUCCGCCGCCGAGGUCACCGUCUCCGUCGGCGGCAAGGCGCAGAAGGGCGCCUGGACCUCGACGCCGGACAACGGCAAGGGCGUCUACCACGGCAGCGUCCCCUUCCUCGGCGUCGGCGAGGUCGUCAUCACGAUGACCAAGUACGGCACCGAGAUCGCCAGGAUCAAAGGGGUCGACAUCACCGACGAGUGCCCUGGCGGCAUGACCAACUGGAACGCCUGGGUGGCCGCCGUCGACGCGCUGCACGUCGACGACCCGAGUCCUACGCCUACGCAGACCGGCGACGGGCCCAAGAGCACGGCGAACGGCGGCGGCGGUGACGACGACUCGGCGGCCACUUCGCUUACGCGGGGAGGCCUCGUCUACGUCGCUGUCGUUCUUGUCAGCAUGGUCAUUGCCGGCGUGGUGUGAUGUCGCGGAGCAAGUUGAAAUCGCGUUUGGGAGACUCUCGUGUUCCGAGAUCUCGAGACGGAAUGGGAACUGGGUUAGGAUUCAGGUUCAGGACCGGGAACAAACUCCAACACAUCAAACAUGCUUUGGAUGAACACUUUUUUUCCCCCAUUUUUUUCUCAUACUUACUUCAAGCGGAGACAGCAUACAUGUCAUGUGUACGGGUUUAAUGAGGGGCUUCCAACCCGAUGUGCGAGGUGCUUCACCCUCGAUGAUGUUUCUGAUGACUGUUUUUUGUACUGUACGAUAGUUGGUUAUACCCCCGUUUGAAUGUCCGCAUGGGAUGGCGUGACGAUAUAUGGCAUUAGGAUUAGGAACUAGAUAGACGAAAGAGACUUUGGC